UUCCUCCGCCAUCGUGGUGGGUGUCCCUGAUUCUUCCUCGCCAUGUCUUCUCACAAGACCUUUAGAAUCAAGAGGUUCCUGGCCAAAAAACAAAAACAAAACCGCCCCAUUCCGCAAUGGAUUCGGAUGAAAACUGGUAAUAAAAUCAGGUAUAACUCCAAGAGGAGACAUUGGAGAAGAACCAAGCUGGGUCUAUAAGGAA